AUGUGUGCUGUGCGAGAUGGUGCUACCAGCACUUCAGGCGAAUCCAGUGGCUUGUUCGUCACACCUACAUCGAGCAGCCACGAAGACGAAGGCCCCACUACACAGCCACCAGCACUGAAUGCGGUCAACUUCGACGAUGACGACGAGCUAUAUCGCUGUACCCCCGACCCUAAUCGCCGCGCAACAUCAAGAUCCAGUGCAGCAAUUCUUCGAGAGACUUAUCUCGCUGCCCGACGUAGGAGAAUCACGAGCCAGACGCCUUCACCGCAAUCGCAGCAGAGCCGAUCCAUUACUGGAAGACGUGGACCGUUCCGCGAAGACUCCUCCUCGUCAGUGCCAUCAGCAUCACGCCCAAGUACCAAGCACAGUGGGAACGAGCAUGAAGCCCACGGCGAGAGCACCACCCAAGAGAACCUUGUUAUCCCGCUCACAAGUCGGCAUAACCCCUUCUACUCAAGCUCACACCAAGAACAAAAUGUUCCAACCACCCGGCGCACCAAGCACCACCAUCCGCGACGCCAAAGCUCGGCGGAAACAAAUCCAAUCCGCAGUCCCACCAGCUUGGUGCGACCUGGUAAUGGUCACAAUAGCAGUCAAGAUCCUCCGCGAAGACACCUCCCCUUACGUCAGAACUCUCGCCCUGCAAGCCCUUCGCGAGCACGCUCAGAGACCGGAUCAAGCUUUCCUGGCUUUGUCCAAGAAGUGAGCGACCGCACUCCCGAGCUCGAAGAUACAGAAAUGGUGGAUGCGACGGCUAGCCAGACGGAAGAGCGACGAGAGAUCCCGUCCUCGUCGCCAUUGAGUAGUCUUCGCUCCACACCGGAGAUCCAGGAGCGGGACUGGGAGAUUGUCCGGUUGGAGGCGACGAGGGUGAAGGAUUGUGUGCGAGAAAGGAAAAUCGCAUGGCGGGGAACGAGACAUUCGAGCGCUAUUAUGAGAAUGCGGCCUGGUGGGGAGGUAGUGUUGAACGUUGCUGGUGUGCGCUGGGGUGGGAUGAGGGAGCAGACUGUUGAGCCGGGUGAAGUUGACAAUGAUGGGAUGGUGAGGGUAUACUGGGCUACGACGUGGCAUCCUGACUGGGAUUUACCUAAGAGUCUCGUCGCGGGGUGGGAGAGGGAGUAUGGUGAGGAUGAGGUGUCGAAGGAAGAUAAGCAGCAACCACGCUGGUGGCUGUGGCCUGAGCAGACUGAGGAUUGCUUACCAUCAGAACCCGAACCUGAUCCCGGGGAGAGGGAACUGAUGCCCUUGACAGAUGAUGAGACGUUCACACUGGAGCCUGGAAAAGACUACACCAUCAGCUUCCUCGAAGAGCGCCGAGCCGCAUUAUCACUCCCAGAACCAGACCACGCCAUUCCCGAGUCAACAAUCAUCCGAUUCCUGAACAUGCACGUUCGCAACCGUCUUCGAGUCGUCGACAGCUUCGAAGAACAUGCAUUCCGCUCAAACACGCUCUUCGUUCGCACGAGCUUGAUCUACAUCUUCGGCACAGCGAUGAUCAGACCAUGCAGCCACUGCCGUGAUGGAGGUGGGCCGUAUCCGAGAUGUGUUAUCUGGUUGAAUGAGUUGGGUGGGGCUUGUUGCAAUUGUGCGUUCUCGCGGCGGGGGGUGGGGUGUGAGUAUCAUUUUGCAGUGCGCUGGUUCAAAGCUUCUGCUCUUGCCGCAGAUGGAGAUGCGGUGAUGGUGGAUGAGGAUAGUGAUCCUUCUCCGCCGUCUGAUUAUCCAUCAAUUGACCCAUCGAAUGAACCUACCAGCACUCCACCAUCUUCAGACCCGGACAAUGUGGAAUCUCGCGAUGCUCAGCAUUCGGGCCAGAUCAUAUCUGUUCGCCAUGACAUGCCCGACUUCGGCCAUGAUGGUGAUCCUGACAAAGAACAACGUCAACGUUCCUCGUCACCAGCCGGCCGGCAACAUCACCAACAUACGCAGGCACGGCCCAUUGGUAAACUUAAGGCUAGCGACGGCCCAUCUCGCAAGACGACCCCAAGCAGAACCCGCAGCGACUCCACCACCAGCAUUAAAUCCGAGCAAUUCGAAUCCAGCCCCUCAGGCAGCAGCACCUUCCACCACCCCGGCUGCCCAGCUCCCCCAGCACCAUGUCGAGAUCCCAUCUGCGGACAAAACAUCUCCUCAAACCCCACCCACCACACCCCCGUCUUCCGCGGCGACUCUUUCCGCAAAGGCCAAGCCACAGACGACCAAGUCAACUUCAUCCUCAGCUGCUGUACUUGCACCAAUACGCAAGCGCUUCAGCAGGCGUGGGAGGAGUUUCGGGGUAGGGAAGAGAGGAACGGGGUGUCGCAGUCGUUGUCGAGGUAUGAGAGUCGGGAAAGAUACUUUUCAAGUGAUUGUUGGCGGGUUUUGAAUCAGCUUGUUGGAUGGUGUCCGGAGAAGUGGAGGUUCGAGGGGGAGAUUGAUCUGACGGAUGAUUGA